UGUGUUAGCUGUCUCUGUCUUCAUCUCCCUUUGCACUCAUUCACCAUCGAAGCAGGCUGGUGGCUCAAGACAACACAUCAAAACACGAACAAGAACAAAACGAAAAGAUGGGUUCUGUGGCACAGGACGAGAUUCCUCAUCCCUUGGAUCCUCUCUCCUUGGAGGAGAUCCAGACGUCCAUCACCGCUGUCAAGAAGGCCCACGGCGAUGUCUUCUUCAAUGUGGUCUCCCUGCAUGAGCCGCGCAAGGCCGAGAUGACAGCCUGGCUGGCAGACCCAGAGAAGGCUCCCAGACCAACGAGAAUCGCAGACAUCGUGGUCAUUGCCCCAGGAGGCAAGGUCUAUGAUGGCCUCGUCGACAUCAAGACGGCGCAGAUCACCCACUGGGAACAGCUGGAUGGCCUUCAACCUAUUAUCACCAUGGAAGAGCUCCAGGCUGUGGAGCACGUCUGCCGGACAGACCCUAGCGUCAUCGAGCAGUGUGAGAUUAGCGGGAUCCCCAAGGACGAGAUGCACAAGGUUUACUGUGACCCGUGGACCAUUGGCUACGACGAGCGCCACGGCUCCCAGGUCCGUCUGCAGCAAGCCCUGAUGUACUACCGCCCCAACGUGGACGACUGCCAAUACCAGUAUCCGCUGGACUUCUGCCCCAUCUACGAUGCCGACAAGCAGGCCAUCAUCGGGAUUGAUAUCCCCAAGGUGAGAAGGCCGCUGCGUAAGGAGGCCACCAUCAACUACACCCCAGAUUUUGUGAAUGAGAAGCAGGGCGGCUACCGCACCGACCUGAAGCCCAUCAACAUCACCCAGCCCGAAGGCGUGUCCUUCACCAUGAAGGGCAGGGAAAUCGAGUGGCAGUCCUGGAAGUUCCACAUCGGCUUCAACUACCGCGAGGGCAUCGUGCUCAACGACAUCACCUACAACGACAAGGGCACCGUCCGGCCCAUCUUCUACCGCCUGUCUCUGGCGGAGAUGGUCGUGCCCUACGGCAACCCCGAACACCCUCACCAGAGGAAGCACGCCUUUGACCUGGGAGAGUACGGCGGAGGCUACAUGACCAACAGCCUGGCCCUGGGCUGCGACUGCAAGGGCAGCAUUCACUACCUUGACGCACACUUCCCCACCCGCGCCGGCGAGGUGAGGACCAUCAAGAACGCUAUCUGCAUCCACGAGGAGGACAGCGGCAUUCUCUUCAAGCACUCGGACUUCCGAGAUGACUCUGUGAUUGUGACGAGGGGCCGGAAGCUUGUCAUUCAACAGAUUUUCACGGCAGCAAACUACGAGUAUGCUAUCCAGUGGAUCUUUCACCAAGAUGGCACGAUCCAGCCAGAGAUCAAGCUCACGGGCAUCCUCAACACCUAUGUCAUGAACCCUGGUGAGGACACGCUCGGCUGGGGAACACAGGUGUAUCCAGGCGUCAAUGCGCACAAUCACCAGCACCUCUUCUGCAUGCGCAUCGAUCCCAACAUCGAUGGGCCCAACAACACCGUCUUCAUGAACGAUGCUGUGCCGUCAGACGCGCCAGUAGGCAGCCCUGAGAAUUUCUACGGCAAUGCCUUCUACGCCAAGCGCACCAAGUUUACCACCACCGCCCAGGCCAUGACCGACUACAACGGUGCGACCUCGCGUACGUGGGACAUGUGCAACGAGAGCAAGCUGCACCCCUACAGCGGGAAGCCCGCCUCGUAUAAGCUGGUCAGCAGGGAAGUGCCGGGCCUGUUGCCCAAGGAAGGCUCGCUGGUCUGGAAGAGAGCCGGUUUUGCCAGGCAUGCUGUGCAUGUGACCAAGUACUCCGACGAUCAGCUCUGGCCUGCCGGCCGACAUGUCCCGCAGACCUCAGGCGAGCCCUCGCGCGGACUGCCCGAGUGGGUAGGUGACGGGACAGACUCGAUUGAGAACACAGACAUUGUGCUGUGGCACACAUUCGGCGUGACACACUUCCCCGCCCCAGAGGACUUCCCCGUGAUGCCUGUGGAGCCCAUGACCCUCCUCCUGCGCCCCAGAAACUUCUUCUCCAACAACCCCGUCAUGAACGUUCCUCCGAGCUACGUGACCAUCCCCAGCCAGAUCGCCGCCAACAAGGCCGCCGUCGUGGACGCUUCCGACAAGAUGAGCAAGAUGGCGUUUGGGGAGAGCAACGGCGAGAGCAAGGCUUGCUGCGGUGGGACGAAUGGUACACACUAAUUUUCUUUUCUAGCUUUUUCAAUCAUUUUUCCUUUGUUUUGGAAACCUGAUUCCGGGGCUCUGGCGGCGGGGAUAUUAUUGGAUGGCACAGACUGAAAUCAACCAAAAAGGAUAUUGGAAUCCUAUGAUUGUCGUUGUUUGUUUCUGGGUCUUUUUGUGCAGGCUGGCGUUAUUUAUUUCCCCCUCCCCUUUUCUAUCUUUGAUUUAUAUUUAACGCAGACACGCUCUCUGUCACGCAAUGAAACGCAGUGUAAUAUCCAUUGAUGAUAAAAUUCCUUGAUC